AUGGCUCAUCAUGGUGUUUCAGGUCUAGUUGGGAAACUUGCAACUCAAUUGGAGGUCAAUUGUGAUGCUGACGAAUUUUAUAAGAUUUGGAAACACCAUGAAGAAAUUCCACAAGCAGUUUUUCAUCUUUUCCCUGCCGUCAAAGUUGUCCAAGGAGAUGGACUUGUUUCUGGUUGUAUCAAGGAUUGGGACUACAUUCUUGAGGGUAAGGCGAUGAGAGCAAAGGAGCAAACAACACACAAUGAUGAAGCGAGGACUUUACAUCACCAUGUAUGUGAAGGAGAUCUGCUGAAGGAUUACAAGAAGUUUGAUGACAUAAUUGAAGUUAAUCCAAAGCCUAAUGGACAUGGAUGCAUUGUGACUUGGUCAGGGUUAGGUAUUUCUUUUCUUUGGUCCAAUCUGGACGUAGAGUACCUUCUUAUUCUUGGUGAUUGUGUUCUAAUUGUUUGUUGUUACGGAUUGACACUGGAAAGAUAG